UGUUUGAUCCUGACUUGUCUGUUCAUCUCCUUUUUCAAGCAACCACCACUUAUCUCCAGACUGAACCGUAGGCAUGCACGUGCUCAGUUUGGUGUGUAUUGCUAGAAAGAGUGCAUGUGAUCAGCACAGGGCCAAUCAGCACUGUCCAGAUAGAGGUCAGGGGAUUUCUAUCCUCCUACAGCAAAAAGAAUACUCCUCCUACAAGCUUUAGCUAGUGCUGGGCUGGACACUGAUAGAAGCCAAAAGACUGCUCUAGCUUCUGAUGAGAAAAGGUAUUUAGCAGUUUAUAUUUACUAA